UCUUUUAUAAUGUAUAAUCCGGACGACCCGCGUCCAUUAAGUGAAUUUGGCAUAAAUACUAUGCCGACUGUUGACGCCGGGACACCUCUAUUCGAUAUCCUCAAUACAUUCCAAGAAGGUCGAAGUCAUAUGGCCAUUGUUGUGAAAGGAGAGCAAUCAAUCCCAAUUGGUAUUAUCACGUUGGAAGACGUUUUAGAGGAACUUAUCCAAGAAGAGAUUUAUGAUGAAUCAGAUAAACGUGUCGGAUUGGCUGUAAAACUGGAAACGGGCGAUCAAUUAAUCUUAGCAUCUAAAAAAAGACGUACUAACACAUCAAAUCAAAACGUCAUUCUGAAAAAUAAAUUCAAAAGCUCAUCAAGAAAUAAUACUGAUCUACCGUCAUCGUUUAAGACCGGAAAUGGAUUUGGCAUUCCAGAUGCAAAUAUUCAUUCCGAUGAUCUGAUAGUAUUUGAUGAGCCUACUGAGCCUACUGGGUCUAGCCAACGGGUGGUCUAA